GCGGCCUUCCAACAUGGCGGCGGCGGAGUGAGAGGAGCGGCGCGUCCGGCCUGGGGGGGCGGUUCAUCUGACACCAGAGAACUCCCAGUGAGAGACAGAAUGAGAGAGGAGUGGUGAAGCAGCCUCCAGCUCAAGGAGAGGCUUGCAGGAACCCACGGAGCAGGCCAGCAUCUCUCUGCUUGCUCUCGAGGAUGCUGAGGAAGCCCUGCAGUCAGCGGAGCAGAGGGAGCACUGCUGAGAUGUCAUCUAUGUGUCACUUCCAACCCACGCCAAGCUGUGAUCCCAUCACUCUCCAGCACUUUUCCUCUGAAGAUCUCAGAGCUCUUUGCAGUCAGUUUCCUCCCAGAGAAGCCAGCGUUGCUCUGCUCUGUUUAAAGCAGACUCUCAUGUGCCGAGGUGACGCUCCUCCUCACAAAGCAGAGCAGGAAAAGAACCAGGAAUAGAUUCCCAGAAACCUGUGUUAAGUCCUUCAGCACUGAGUCAUCGCUGGGCAACCCCGCAGGCUGCUGCGUGGGCAGAAAAAGGGAAAAUUGAAGUGAAUUUCUCACUCAAAGUGCCUGAACUUUCUGGAAGAGCUUGGCAGAGGCUACCCAGCAGGUUGAGGGAAACGUGGAUGAUCUUCUGGGGUCGUCUGCUGAUGGGAGAAUGAUUGGGGUGUACUGAUGGACGUGGCUUUGUUGGACUCCACGAGGUUCUCCUGGCCCUGCUGAAUGGCAUCCCAUCCUUCAGGUGGGUCGGCCACACGGUUCACAGCACUCCUUUUGGACUUUUUUCCUGCCUGAGGACUCUGGGUCCUCCUGGUGUUCUUCAGCCCUGCCCAGCCUGGCAGCAGGGCAUCUCUCUGCUCUUUGAAGGUUGUGCAAAAGCCAGCCUGGCCAGUUCUACCACCCUGCUGGCAGGUUGAGCACAGCAGUGCCUCCGUGCUGCAGUGAGCGUUGAGCUGUGCCACCCUCAGCACUGUCUCAGCAUGACAAACACCUGGUGGAUGACAUCCCAUGGUUCUGGGAGGGCUCCUCUGCCCCACUUCCACGCAGAUGUGCUGCUUUCAUUGCUCCAACAACGCAGGGCUCAAGUCCCACCCGUGGAGGGCACGAUGCUGUCAAGGAAAUGCCAUUUCCAGUUCCAUGGCGUGGCUGGAAUGGAGCCCCAAGGGCUGGGAUCCCUUCUGGUUGCACUGCUGGGCUGCUGUGCGUGUGAGCUCAGAGCCUGAAACCACGUGAGAACUUUACUGCCAAAUAAAAUGCAAUAGCUGAGCCUGCAGCGUGCAUUACACAGUCUUAGGGGGGGGAAGGGGGAGGUGAAGGCUUUGAGAGCUGAUAUCUCUUUGCAUUUUGAAGCUUGGCUGUGUGCAGCAGGAGGGAAGCAGAGCAGCAGGGCAUCACUGGUGUGGGCAGAGGUGCUCUGAGCUGUGCUCUGGGUGCAGCUCUGCAUGGGGAGUUCCAUUGGUGGCACUGAGGCCACGUUGGGUUUGUCUGCAAGGCGAGGAUUGGCAGGAUGUGCUUCUGCUAAUUUAGUUAAAAUUCUGAAAGAUACGGGGGUAGAAACUUCCUUUGAUGUGCUUUUAUCUUUCUAUGAAUUAAUUAGCGCGUUUCACAAGACUCUAAAAUUGCUGCUGGGGGCUCUUUGUGCUUCUUGGCAGCUGAGCAGAACAGCUGGUGGAUUUCUGUAGUCACAGCAGCUUUUGAUGACUGAAAAUGGGAGGUGUUGAAGCUGCUGCUUGUUCUGUAUCAGGGAAACAACUUUCCAGAAGGACAAAUGAGUUUUGCCUCUUCGAUUGGGAGAGACACAGCAGCUCCAGCUCAUUCCCACAUCAGCAUUCUGCCCAGCUCUCCGCUGCUGUUUUCUCCUUUCCUGAAAGAUAAGAAAAGCUGUGAAUGCUGUAAUUCAGCCUGGUUUGCUUUAUGAGGGCUCAGGUGACCCCAGGUGGGUGAUGCCAGCACUGUGCACGGGUGCUGCAGGCACCAGGAUGAGGUGGGAGGCAAUGCUGGGAGAGGUUUGUUCUCAUCUGCUGAUCCUCUUUUUUUUUUUUCCACCUCUUUCUCCCAUGAUUCCAGGAAAGCUUCCCAGUGCCACUUAGCAGUGUAGCAAGGCUGCUGUAAAUAUUUUGGUCCGUGAACGCUCUGAAAAAGAACAAGGAAGAGGAAAAUGAGGACAAAUGGGAAGUGAGCAAUCUAGUUGUAAACCCUGCUAGGUGAUUAACAUUCACAACCCUGCUGUUUUUUUUGUUUGUGUUUCCCCCUCCCUGCUUGUAAAAAGGCAUUUAAAUAAGAACUGAGCUGCACAGACCUCUUGGAGAUGCUGUUGGGCUGUGCUGGAUGGAGCAGGGCUGGCAGCUGCCCUGUCAUUUGCUUUCCCUGUCCCACUCACCACCUGCUGCCUUCACUCCCGUGCAGCAGAGCUCGAGCUGCCCCUGAGUUGUGCCAAGUUGCCAAUAGAGGCUGCUGGGGGGAGAAGUUCAUUUGCAAGACAUGCCAACUAAUUGGGCCAAUUCAAGAGCGUUUCCUCUGGGCAAAAUCAGAGAAGAGAGAAUGGAAACGUGCACCCUAACAUCAGAGCCUUGAUUUCCAGCUGGAGAUCCUCACACCGAAGGCUCGGGGUCUGCACAGGGACAAUUCCUUCUCAUGGAAAGCUGUGCCCACCCCAUGGGAUCACCCAGCUCACACUGCUGCUCCUUAGGAAGCAGCAGGCUGCUCAUCUGUGUGGCAAACAGAUGAAAAAGCAGAGCUUCGAGCCGUGAUCCUCACCCUUAGGUGAGGCUUACAGCUCUUGGAUGAGCUCUAGGAGCCCUGCUGAGCAUCCUGGUGUCCCCCCAGCAGGUUUUGGGGCUGCUGUUCCUGAACCAGAGCUCUUAACUGCCAGCUGAAAUUGCAAGGAGAGGAGUCAGCACUUCUGGCCACAUACAGCCCCUGCUUUCAGGAUGGGUGAGGGACCUGGAAGUGGUGUAAGGAACACCCACAUGAGCAGAGACUUGCCGGAAAGGCCACGGGCUUCCCACCUUCCCCUCUCUGUCCUUCCCUGUUUCCACGGCCGGGACAUUUGACUGGCUGCUUUGUUUCAAAUGUUGCUGCCUCAUUGGCUCCCGGCUCAAAUCUCCUCUAUUCCUGUUCCACUUCUUACAAGCUUCACUGUUAACCCUUCCGAGCCUCGCAGCUGUUGAUCACAGCUCCUCUCCUCCUUCCCUCCCUCCUCGCUUGCCAACGGAUCCUCACAGCGUGGGUGAGAGCAGCCGGAGCCACUUCCAGCCCUGGAAAAUGGUCUUCUAACCACUCUUAACCAUGUUCAGCAAGAAGAAGAAACGCAUUGAAAUCUCCGCGCCCUCCAACUUCGAGCACCGUGUCCACACCGGGUACGACCAGCAGGAGCAGAAGUUCACAGGGCUGCCACGGCAAUGGCAGGGCAUCAUCGAGGAGUCUGCCAAGAGGCCCAAACCCCUGGUGGACCCCGUGUGUAUCACAGCCAUCCAGCACGGCUCACAGAAGACCAUCGUACGGGGCACCAAAGCCGCCAAGGACGGCUCACUGACCUGGCUGCUGGAUGAAUUUGAGAACAUGUCCGUGUCCCGUUCCAAUUCUCUGCGCAGGGACAGCCCCCCUUUCCCACCCCGGCGUGACCAGCUCUGCCAGGAGAACGGCCUUUCCGAGGAUUUUGGCCGCAGCAAGGAGAAGAGCUGCCCCGCACCCCGUGGCGAACCCGACCGGGGCAAGGAACGACCCCGCGAACGGGACCCACAACGGCCCCGAGGGCAGGAGCCCGGCCCCAGAACCAGCAAUCGCCCACCCCCUCCUGAGUACCCCAAACCCCCCCCUGAACGGGAUGGCCCCGCCGACAGGGACUGCAGCGAGCGGGACGAGCGCGUGGUGCGACGGGAGCGCCCCGAGCCGUGCGACAAGCGGCCCAAAUCCACCUACGGCAACGAAAGCAGCCCUCAGUCCCCCCGUGACAAACGCCCUCUCUCCGGGCCCAAUAUCCGGACUCCCAACAUCCCAGUGUCCGAAGGGGUGAUGAAGACAGCCCAGCAGACUGGACGACCCUUUAAUACCUACCCACGGGCUGAGACCGACCCCGUCCGGGGUGCGGGUGCACAGGCUGAACCCCGGCCGGGCCGACCGCAGGAGGCAGCACCCAAUGGGCCAGCAAGCAACACCGCCAGCUCCUCCCGAGCCCAGCCCUCUGGCCCACCCCGCUCCAAGGUCCCUGAGCCCCCCGCUGGCCUCACCCCACACGCCUCCGAGCCCCACCUGGCCCGUCCUCCACAACCUGGCCCCCCACCCCCUGCCGUCGGCCCACAGCAGCCCCGCUCACCCCAACGAGAGCCCCAACGCGUUUCCCACGAACAAUUCCGGGCAGCUCUGCAAAUGGUGGUGGAUCCGGGAGACCCCCGUACCUAUCUGGACAACUUCAUCAAAAUAGGGGAGGGAUCCACUGGCAUCGUUUGCAUCGCCACCGUGAAGAGCAGCGGCAAGCUGGUGGCUGUCAAGAAGAUGGACCUGCGCAAGCAGCAGCGGCGUGAGCUGCUCUUCAAUGAGGUGGUGAUCAUGCGGGACUACCAACACGAGAACGUGGUGGAGAUGUACAACAGCUACCUGGUGGGCGACGAGCUGUGGGUGGUGAUGGAGUUCCUGGAGGGCGGCGCGCUGACCGACAUCGUGACGCACACCCGGAUGAACGAGGAGCAGAUUGCAGCUGUCUGCCUGGCCGUGCUGAAGGCGUUGUCUGUGCUGCAUGCACAGGGUGUCAUCCAUCGCGACAUCAAGAGUGACUCCAUCCUGCUGACGCACGACGGCAGAGUGAAACUCUCUGAUUUUGGGUUUUGUGCCCAAGUGAACAAAGAGGUGCCACGGCGGAAGUCGCUGGUGGGGACCCCGUACUGGAUGGCACCAGAGCUCAUCUCUCGUCUGCCCUACGGCCCAGAGGUGGAUAUCUGGUCCCUGGGUGUGAUGGUGAUCGAGAUGGUCGAUGGGGAGCCGCCGUAUUUUAACGAGCCGCCGUUAAAGGCCAUGAAAAUGAUCCGAGACAAUCUGCCCCCCAAACUGAAAAACGUGCACAAGGUCUCCCCCUCUCUCAAGGGCUUCUUGGACCGCAUGCUGGUGCGGGACCCGGUGCAACGGGCCACAGCCAACGAACUCUUGAAGCAUCCCUUCCUGGGCAAAGCAGGCCCCCCCUCCUGCAUCGUGCCCCUCAUGCGCCAGAACCGCAUGCGGUGAGGAGCCCCGCUGCCACCCUCACCGUCGCCUCUAACUGGAUUUGUGACCGUGCCCCACUGUGGGGGCACUGGGGGGGGGUCCUGGCCCCCCCACACACACCGUACUACUGAGUCGGGAGCGUGCAGGGAGGGGGAGGCUGGCAGGGGACAGCAGUGUGGCCACGCGACGGCACCAACCCUGUCCCUAAUCCUUCCCCUCAGAGGCUUGGGGACCGGGGGGUUUUUUUUUUUUCCUGACUGCUCAGGAUCUGCUGUUAUCACCACCCUGGGAUCCCUUUGGGCCCAUCUCAACUCAGUCCCCACUCCUCAUUUUUAUUAUUAUUUUUCCCCUCUUAAAUCUUUUUCUAUCCUUUUCUGGCCCUAGGGGCGGGCCGUUGCCUGUGCCCUGCAGGAGGGACGCAUCCAGUUCCCCACCCCAACACUACAGCCCCCAAGGCCACACUACUGAUCUGGGUCCCCCCGUCCCCCCCCUCCCAACACUUUUUUUUGUUUGUUUGUUUGUUUGUCUGUUCGUUUGUUUCUGUUUUGUUUUUUAAACAAAGCUAUUUAUAUUGUCGUUUUGUAAUGCCACAGUGCUGGAGUGCCCCAGGGUUGCUAUGGGGCCCCCUGGAGAUUACACGUGUCCUUUUGGAGAGCGCCGUGUCCCACUGUGGUUUUUGGGGAGGGUGGUGGAGGCACCGUGGGGUGGUGGUUAUGGGGACCUGCCUGAGAUCACCCUAAAUCUGCUGCUGCUGCUGCCUCUGCCUCAUCCCCCCCCCAAAUAAAGUAGCGGCAAGGCAGGAGC